AUGUCCUCCGAGCCGGCCCCGGUUGCCGCAGCAGCCCCCCCCGAGCAAUCCCUCGAGCCGCCGGUUAAGGCGGAGAGCAGCGGGGAGGCCCCAGAGCACCGGGCGCUGGUGCUGACGGGUUUCGGUGGCUACGAGAAGGUGAAGGUGCAGGCGCGGCGGAGCGGCAGCCCCCGGCCCGGGGAGCUCUCGGUGCGCGUCCGUGCGUGCGGCCUCAACUUCGCCGACGUGAUGGUGCGGCAGGGGCUGUACGACCGCUUGCCGUCUCCGCCUUUCUGCCCCGGGAUGGAGUGCGCCGGUACCGUGUGCGCCGUGGGCGAAGAGGUCCGCGACCGCCAGGUUGGUGAUAAAGUGAUGGUCCUGGCCAGGACUGGGCUCUGGCAAGAAGUUGUGAAUGUGCCCGCUGUGCAGACGUUCCUGAUGCCCGAGGGAAUGAGCUUUGAAGAGGCAGCCGCUCUUCCUGUCAACUACAUCACUGCCUACAUGAUUCUGUUUGACUUUGGGAACCUGAGACCCAAUCAGAGUGUCCUCAUCCACAUGGCUGCAGGUGGUGUGGGAACUGCUGCCAUCCAGCUGUGCAAGACUGUAGAAAAUGUCACCAUUUUUGGUACUGCAUCUGCCUCCAAGCAUGAUUCACUCAAGGAGAGUGGAGUCGCUCACCCCAUCGACUACAGGACUAUGGAUUAUGCAGAGGAGGUCCGAAAAAUCUCUCCCAAAGGUGUUGACAUUGUCAUGGACCCCCUGGGUGGAUCUGACACAUCCAAAGCAUUUCACCUGUUGAAGCCAAUGGGUAAAGUCAUCACUUAUGGGGUAACAAACCUGAUCACUGGGCAGAAGAAGAACCUCAUGGCCAUGGCUAAAACUUGGUGGAACCAGUUCAGCAUCAAUGCCUUACAACUCCUACACCAUAACAAGGCUGUGUGUGGAUACAACCUUGGAAAUAUGGAUGAAGAACACAAACUUCUCACAGGUGUUGUACUCAAGCUGAUUAACCUGUACAACCAAGGAAAGAUCAAGCCCAAAAUAGACUCUGUAUGGUCUUUUGAUCAGGUGGCUGAUGCCAUGAAACACAUGCAAGAGAAGAAGAACAUUGGAAAGGUCAUCCUGGUUCCUGAGGCACCCAAGGAAGAAUCCAAAAAGGCAGAGAACUAAGGAGGAGAGAGAUGUGUGCAGAUCGUGAAUUCAUGGUUUAACUCGCUGGUCUCUUUGGGACCUGGAAAUGGACAGCUCAGUAGCUCAGUUAAAGCUCAGAUGAAGUUUGCAUGCUCUCGCUGUGACUGACCCUCUGCAGAUAUGCAUCCUGCCCUAGCUCUCUGUUUUGAAGCCUGGUUAUUUUGUACAUUUUUCUAAUCCCUUGUAUCCUUACUGAAGUUCUAAACUAAUCUUAUUUUUUUUUCUGGCAGCACAGCUGCAGCUUUGAGGCAGUUGAUGCUUAACAGCUGCAUAGGCUGUCACUGUGAAGAUGUAAAAUGCUAUACUGCCAGGCAUCUCCACAGACACCCAGCCCAUGCUGGAACACUUGCACUGUCACCUCUGAGAAGCAUGUUCAGCAAGAGAGGGGGGCCAGGCUGAGAAUGCUUCUUAACAGCUGGAAGAACAGCAUGGCUGCCUCAGUUUAAUUCCAGCACUGGCUGGUCCUCUGUUCACAUCAAUCGUGCUUUCUUCCCUCUACUUUUACAGGCCUCUAACACCAGUGAGAUAAUAACAGGUCAUGUUGUCUUUGCCUUGUAAAUAGUCAUCCUGGCAUUCUGGAGUCCAUAGGAUAUUGCAUUUAAUUUGUAGUCACUUCUCUGUGUGGUGUAUAAGGAACCUGACAGGCUGUGCUGCUCUCUGUGAGUACAGAAGAAAAGUUCCAGUUGAGUAACUUGAUGAUGUUCAGAUAUUGAUUGCAAACUGUUAGAGGAGAUCUAAACUGUGUCUGAUUGUUAGAGACCAUAAGGAUUGAACUGUGUCUCAGAUGACUGGAACAUUUGAUGUCAGAUCUAUUCUUCAUUAAUGCUGGGCUUCAAGUUGAUAUAGUUAACACUAAACUUCACCCUUGUGUUUGUAUUUCCAAGAGCUGCGGUGUUGAAUCAGACUUCAGCAAGAUGGGACCAAAUAAGCCUGUGUUAAUGCUUGCUUUGUGUUGUGUCCUGUGUGCUGAGGAGACUUUGCAAAGUAGCUUGCAAGAACAAUCCUGCCAGCCUGCUUCAUGGGGCUCUGGGCUCCACGUGUAACAAAUCAUUCGGUGGAGCUGUCACUGAAUUAUCAGCAUAGGUGGCAAAAUGUCCAGCUCUGCUGAGCCUCUUGGCAUGGGUAUCUGGAACAGUUCAGUUCCAGUCAGGCUUUCUGUUCCCUUCUAGACGGCUCUCGAACUAGGCUCUCCCACCUUGUGGUCAGUGCUGCAGUAGGGCUUGACUCUUCUUCCCCUGGAGCUGCAAGUGUUGGGACUCUGCCAGUCCCCUUUCAGCACUGAGGCUUUAAGAAAUGCUUGGGGUGCUCUUCCUGGGCUAGAACUUAGUUUCUCUUCCUCUUUUCUGUCUUCAUUGCAUUUGGGAACAGAACUGUGCAGACACCCAAACCUAGUUCUUUGAGGACUUCCCCUUCUUGCUCCACCUGGCUUCCAGCCCUGGGUGACCACAGUGCAGUGUGUGCUUGCUUUAGCAGUUUAGGCUUUGUCAUGGAUUACAGAUGCUGGAGUGAUUUAGGCUCCGUUUGGGAUUUUAAAAGGUAAACCUGGGGGCACCAAGGAGCACUGCCUGUUGUAGGUGAGGUCAGGCUGUAGAAGCAAAUGUUGGCUGCUUGGAGUCCUGCCUGUCCUGACUCCAGAGAGGGAAGGGGCUGUGUGGACAAGUGGAUCCAUUGGUGAAGCCCCUCAGCUGCUGGAGAACAAACACUAUCAGCAGGCAGGGGAGUCCUAGGCAGAUUAAGUGUGUGAGUUCUUCCUCUCUGUUCCCAGACCAGUGCUCCUAGCAUCAGUUCAGCUUGAAUUUCAGGUGCUUAGUUCUGGUGCCUAUUAAAAUGCAUGGGCAGAUACUCCAGAGGACUUACUCUGCCUAGCUUUAACACAGCCCCAUUACCUAUGGCCCUAGAGAAGGGCUGGAGUCCAAGCACAGACACCCAUUGUUCCAUCUCUUGCACAUGUGAACUCCACCACUACCGAUAUGGUCACAUGAAAUGCAGACGCGCAACUUCUGACAUCUCCAAAUCCAAAAUCUUGCUGCUUUCCUUUCAACCUGCCCCUAUCUUGCUAAUUUAGAUUAAAUCCAACAGUGUCUAAUGCUGCUUUACCAAAUCUAACAACAGAACGGCUGUCUAAACUGCUGCAAUGGAAAGUCUCCAUUAUGGAACCUGACUUCACCUUGAUGAAAGAGCAGCAUGCUUAAAUGGCACACCAUGCUGCACAUCUUCAGGUUCUGCAGUUGUAAAAGUGAAAUCUAUCCAAGUGUUCUACCAUAACAUCCUUUCCUUGCUUUACUGUCAGCCAAGAGCAUGCUCAGUGCCUUACUUGGAUGGCCUUGGAUUAGGCAGCACAGCAAGGUUUUCACUGCCCAGGCCCUCCUUCCUCAUGGAAUGUAAAAGAGGAGGGGGAGUUCUGCAGUUUGCUGCAGGGCCCCUCUGCCUUGCUGCCUUAUGAUACACCAUAGCAUAGCAUCUUGGUGCCUUCUUUUGCAUGCCUGUAAGGACUAGGAAGUCACUGGAGCCUCUUCCAUUCUGGCCUUUCAAAGUACUGCCAAAAAAUGUUAUGAUUCUUGCUCUAUUUUGUGAACAUUAUUGUUGUAGUUAGACUUAGCGUGAAUAUGACUUUCACUUUGCAAGUGUCAUGGGCUGUGUAUGGCUCUCCUGGAAGCCUGUGCUCCUGCAGCCAAAAGAACCACCUUAUAGCUGCCGCUUUAUUGCAGCUCUUCCUCCCAGGCUGAAGGUUUAGCUCAGAGCUGGUCCUCAAGUGAGGCUUUAUCAGAUGCUCUGCCUUGGCUCCCUGGAAAUAAUCAGGGCUCCCUGUGCUCUUAGGGGACCUGCUCAUGUAUUUGCUACCUGCAUGUGCCUGAAGGCCUUAUCAGGGUGUGAGUACUAAUCAAUUGCUAUAGCCUUCUGUUAGAGUUGAGCACUGUUUUUGUGUCCUUCAAUAUCAACGUUUUCUACAGGCUGGCCAAGGUUAAUGCUCUGUUCUAGUUGUGUUUUAGUAGUCUUUAUUUUUUACUUUUUUAAAUGGAUAAACAUGUUAUGGGUCAAUAACCUAUAUAAAACAAUUUCAAGUGUCUUAAUGAAUUAAAGUUGACCAGCACGUUUGUACACUUAAGGACCAAAGCAAAACAAACAAACAAAAAAUCAUUCCAUUCAGUGUUGCUUAACUGUUUAGGGCAAAGUCAUACUAUCAAGGAAACAGGAGAUUCCUAAUCUUAAAAUGUGUGUGCCGUUACUGCAAUCAGAAGUGCAAUUCAGUGUUGAUUUACAUUGUCUGAUCCAAAGGUUGUGCUAUGAGGAGAGACAUCCAGGUGAAGAGCAAGAGUAAUUAGAAGUUAAGUGUAGGAGAGGCUCCCCUAGCCCUGGCAGGGAUGCCUGUUAUAGUGCUACUCUAAUGUCAUUGCUGUGGUUGCCUUCCCAGACUGAUACUUUUAGACUUGGGCAACAUGCAACCCCUUUGCUAUCAUCAAACAACUUUUGUCACCUCUGACUCUUCUGUUUCUCUCUUGUUCAUUUGUGUUGCAUGCAAAGUGUAGGAAAAGGAAGGAAAGCAGACUCAGUUUGCUCAAAGGAACACGACCCCCUAAGUGCUUUGGGCUGGGGAGGAGUUUAGCUGUGUAUUUCUUUUUUUGCCACCUGUAUUAGACUAAAAUUGAGUGAUUGGUGACAAGAAAAAGGCUUUAAUCAGCACAAAAUGUUGGCUGCUUGCAGCUGCUAUCAGGCUAUGUGUGAAAGCACUAUUGUUGCCUAAUGAAGUCUCUUCUGUAUAAAACCCUGGUGAUGGCAAAGUGACUGGCAAGUAGUACAUGAGCGUGAUCUGAAAUGCAUUAGACUCUGAGCCUCUUACGACAUAUGGUCUGAUCUGUACUGUCUGAGUUGUGUUGAUUUGCAAAUAUGUGAUAUGAGUGAUGGUCACCGAGAGGCACUUGGAAAAUCUUUGUUUAAAAAAUGUAUUGUGUAACCAAGUGAGACAGAAAGUAAGUGUGCCAAUGCUGUUUACAUGACUAUAAUGUGUAAUGCUCCUCCAUCUAAUGUUUCCAUAUGCCUUGUGUUUAAAAUGUUAAUUAAAGCAUAACAAAACCCUCA